AUGGUGCCGCCGGCGCUGCCGGAGCCUCUGGCCAAGGAGGCCCCGAAGUUGCACAAGCCUUCCUGGGACCUGAUGGCAGAGCCUGAGCCCCCUCCAGAAUUGCAGCUGGAUGAAGCCGGAGCAUCCUCAGCCCUGCAGGCAGUGGCUGCAGGGACAACAGACGGGCGAGGGACCCCAGCCGACGCGGACGCAGAUGGGGCAGGGAUCCCGCUGGAUAUGGAUGCAGAGGGGGCAGGCAGUCCCCUGGACACGGAUGGUGCGGAGCAUCGGUGCUUCACCCUCGAAGAGCUGGGGGACUACUUCCAAGAGUGCAUCGAAGCCGUCGAGCAGCUGGAGAAAGAGAGAGACAGCCUGAUUGCGGAGCUCACCCAGCUCCGGGAGCCGGCGCUGCAGGAGAUCCGCCAUGCCCACGAGGAGAUCCAGGCGGCCUGCCGGCUGCUGGCCAAGGUGGAGCUGGAGAGGGACAACCUGAAGGAUGAGAUCCGGCAGAUCAAGCAGAAGCUGUUCAAGGUGACGAAGGAUUGCGUGGCUUGCCAGUACCAGCUGGAGAGCCGGCGGCACGACCUUUCCCAGCACGCUGCUUACCGGGGCGAGCUGGAGACCCAGGCUGGGCAGCUCUCCGGCGAACUGUCCCAGCUGAAGGAGACCUGCGAGAAGGAGAAGGAGGUUUUGAGGCAACGGCUGGAGACGCCGCCGUGUCGGCAGGAUAACCUGUACCUGCAGGAGAGCCGCCGGCUCUCCGUGCUGGAGAGACGCGAGGCAGGGGCGAAGGCGCUGCAGGAGAUGCAGGGGGAGAUCCAGGGGAUGAAGGAAGCCCUGCGGCCCUUGCAGGGGGAGGUGAGCCGGCUGUGGCUGCAGAACCGGAGCCUGGAGGAGCAGAUCGUCCUCGUCAAGCAGAAGCGGGAUGAAGAGGUCGGGCAGUACCGGGAACAAGUUGAGGAGCUGGAAGACAGGCUGAAGGAGCUGAAGAACGGGGUCCAGCUCCAGCAGCGCAAGAACCAGGAACUGGAGGAGCUAAGGACCAGCCUCCACCAGGAGCUCUCCAUCUACAAGAGCUGCUUAGAAAUCUACGGCCACCUUUGCAAAUCGGAAGAAAAAGCAGAGCAGGACUGUUAGGAACGACGGACUUUGCCUCUUCGUAGCAGAAGUAAAGGGCAGAGGCAUCUGCAGGGGACGUCUCCUCUCGCUGCUUACCCUACCUGAUGCACAGCAGCUGCCUGAAGCCAGGAAUACCAGGCAAUCAUUUGCUCACGUGUAUUUCCCAAGGUGCUGCUGUUGAUCUUGUACUAAAACUGCUUUUCCACAGAGGAGCAGAAAAAAUAAUACUUGCACUGAACGACGGACAUAUGCGAAGAAUAACAGAUGUAUGUUUUUGCUGUGUUUGGAAAAUGUUACCUUGUCUUGUGCCACAGGUGGAUCGUAUAAGCCUCCACGGAAAGUAUCGUUCUGGAAGCCAGUGUUAGCGGGUUUGAUUUUUAAAGUUUACAUGCAAGAGAAGCUUCAUCCUUUUAACAGGGUUUUCUUUUGUAUUUCAAGGGUCUCUGCUGUAUUGUGACAUGCUCCACCGCGGGCCACAGAAACUAGUUUGUGGAUAAUAGGUUUCCACUUUAUAUAAAGUCUCACACUGAAAAUAAAGGUCAGAGUUUAAG